ACAUCCUGAGCUUGAUACAAGCCACCAUCCCAGGCAACCAGGUAAGCCUCCAGAUCCCGGACCACCAAGUUUAAGUAAAAGCAGAACAGUAGACGUGCUGAAGACAGAACAUCGGGCACCUGGACGGAGCCCUUCUUCUAUUAGUCUAAGGGAAUCAAAAUCCAGGACUGAUUUUAAAGAAGAUCAGAAGCCAAGUAUGAUGCCCAGUUUUCUCUCAGAAGCCAAUCCAUUGAGUGCAGUCACUUCAGUUGUGAACAAAUUCAAUCCUUUUGAUUUGAUAUCAGAUUCAGAUGCAGCCCAUGAAGAAGCCGGUAGGAAACAAAAAGUUACCCAGAAAGAGCAAGGGAAACCUGAUGAGCAGAGGGGCUUUGCAAAACAUGCAGCUCAACAGCAGUCUCCAAAGCCAGCUGUUCAACAAGGGCCUGUCAGACCUACCCCCCAGCAAACUGAGUCUUCCAAAGCAGUGCCUCAGCCGCAGCAGCCUGGGGAACCAAAGCAAGUUCAGAAACCAGGCCCUGGUCACCCAGCAGACUCUAAGCUAGAACAAGCGAAACAACCACCCCAGCCGCGAGGACCACAGAAACCUCAGCCCCAACAGUCGGAACCAACAAAGCCCGUUCAACAACAAACUUCUGCAAAACCUUCACCAGGCCCAGCAAAACCAUCACCGCAGCAACCAGACAAUGCUAGGACGUCAUCCCAAGCACCACCUCCCACAAAACCUUCAUCGCAGCAGCUAGGACCUGUAAAACAACCGUCUCAACAGCUGGCAUGGCAAGGAGGUCCUGUAAAGCCAUCUGCCCAGCAAGCAGGGCCUUCAAAACAGCCUUCUCAGCAACCUGGACCUGAAAAGCCAUCUGCUCAGCCAACAGGACCUGCAAAACAACCAUCACAGCCCGGACCUGGGAAGCCACCUCUGCAGCAAACAGGGCUUGUAAAACAAGUGCCGCCACAGGCAGGGCCUGCAAAACCGUCUUCUCAGACGGCAGGGGCCACAAAGCCCCCGGCACAACAACCAGGGCUUACAAAACCACCAGGCCAGCAACCAGGGCCUGAAAAACCUUCGCAGCAAAAGCAAACUGGUGCAACGCGACCCGCUGAGUCCGCCCCAAAGAAAACCUUCUGUCCUCUUUGCACAACCACGGAACUGCUGCUGCACGCUCCAGAAAAGGCCAAUUACAGCACGUGCACACAGUGUCAUACUGUAGUCUGCAGCCUGUGUGGGUUUAAUCCUAAUCCUCAUCUAACAGAGAUUAAGGAAUGGCUCUGUUUAAACUGCCAGAUGCAAAGAGCUUUAGGUGGUGACCUAGCAGCAGGUCAUGGUCCUGGGCCACAGCCACCUCCACCCAAACAGAAGACACCCAUUCCACCUUCAACAGCUAAACCAUUUCCCCAGCCACAGCCAGUUCAAAAGAAAGAUGCUUCUCCAAAACCUGAUCUUUCGCAGCUAGCAGAAUCGAAAAAACCGCUGCCACUGAAAAAGCAAUCGUCCUUGCCUGGGUCUCCUCCUGUAAAAUCGAAACAAACCCGUGUUGAGCCUACGGAGAUCUCCCAGGAAACAGAUCCUACACCAAAGUCUGAUCAGGCCAAGCCAACACAGGCUGAAGAUAAGCAAAAACAACCCAGUAUACAGAAGCCUACAACGGACACUGUGCCUACCUCUGCAGCACCAGGGCCGAAACAGGAUUUGGCAGGUCCCAGACCUCCACCAACUCAACAGAAAGUGACAGAUUCCCCAAAACCAGAGCUUGCCAAGCUGUCACAGGACACCCAUCCAGCUGGGGAUAAACCAGAUUCCAAACCCCUUCCACAAGUGUCUCGGCGGAAGUCAGAUCCCAAGCUUUCAUCUCAGCCUGGGGCUAGAGAUGCUAAAACUCAGAAGCCUGUUGAGCCAACACAAACAAAAGAUGAUCCUAAGAAGUUACAAACAAAACCGGCCCCGAAGCCUGAUACCAAACCAGCUCCCAAGGGCCCACAGGCAGGGGCAGGUCCCAAGCCAGCACCAGCACAGCUGGUGCCUCAACCCCAGCCACCUCAGAAAACUCCUGAGCAACCAAGGCGUUUCAGCCUUAAUCUGGGAGGCAUCACUGAUGCCCCUAAGCCUCAGCCUACAACACCACAAGAAACAGUUACUGGGAAACUCUUUGGAUUUGGAGCUUCAAUCUUCAGCCAGGCCUCGAAUUUAAUUUCCACAGCGGGUCAGCCGGGGUCUCAGACAUCAGCCCCACCUCCGCCUGGUCCUGCAGCGAAGCAGCCCCAGCCUCCAUCACAGCCUCCGGCCUCUCAGGCAGCCCCCAAAGAGGCUGGGCAUGCUCAGCCUCUUCCAAAAGCUGUUCCUGUAAAGAAAGAAGCCAAGCCUCUUAUGACUGAAAAAUCAGAGCCAUCAAAAGCGGAUAGUAUUUUAACGACUAAAGGGUCUGAUUUAGAAAAGAAACCUGGUUUGGCUAAAGAUAGCAAGCCUCAGGCUGCUGAAACUAAGAAACCUGCUGGGUUGUCGGAACCGGAGAAAGCCAGCCAGCCUAAAGUGUCUUGUCCCCUUUGUAAAACUGGACUAAAUAUUGGUUCUAAGGAUCCCCCCAACUUCAAUACGUGUACAGAGUGCAAGAAAGUUGUGUGCAAUCUCUGUGGAUUUAACCCAAUGCCGCACAUAGCUGAG